AUGGGAAGAAAUGUGUUGGAUACCAUGAAAAUGAGGAAGGAGUUUGGGUUAUCUUUGAAGAUGAUAGUUCGAAAACAGAAAAUUCCUGAAUUGAAAAUAAAUCAUUUGGGAAUAACGCAAUAUUGUAUAGAUGUCGCUCCAAAUAAAGAACUUUUCGAUCGAAUAUUAUCAAUCACCGGAAACAAUUUUUCUAAUGAGAUUAAUGAAUCAUCACGUUAUAGAGUAUCAUUUGCUUAUUCUUACCCUUCUGAACAACAUGAAAAAGAUGAUAAUUGGACUUAUAUGGAUUUUGAACUAUCAACAAGCAAAUUCCCUGAUAAGAAAAUCUUGAAAUGCAUUUUAAUGAUAUCAAGAAAAGAAUUAAAGAAAAUAGAGAGGGUCGAAAAUGAUUAUGGAAAAUAUCCUUUUAAAACCUUUUAUCCUUUGAGAAGAAGGCCAUUAAGAGAUAUUUAUCCUGAAACCGUUGAUCAAUGGAAACUACGAGAAGAAGCAUAUCUUGAACAACAUCAAAUUCGUAAUGGUAGAUUGAGUUUAAUGAUUAGAAACUUUACACUCAGAUACAAAAGUUCAGUGAUUUAUAUAAUAUCUUGGUGGAAAGGUGAUGGCAAAGGGGGUAACGAUCUUAACAAAGAUGAAAAUAAAAUUUAA